GUACGUACCUUCUUCACCCUCCGUUGGCUUGCCAGCUUCAGUGACCCGCCGUAACUACGUACGCCAGGCUCCCGCUGUAAGCUGGAUUUGUCUCGACCGAUCGUGAUCGAUCUGGUGCGCUGGUGUCCUGACGUGUCCCUCGCCGUCUGCUGCCAACGGGGCACACGUACCAAGACACGAUCCACACGACAAGCUUCUUCAACUCGCCCCCACUCAACUCCUGCUUCCUCUUCUGCCCCGGCCGGCCGGACGCCUCCUCCCCGCCUUUCUCAGGCUCUGCUAAUCCUUCUCCGUCUCAGCCUGCCGCACCGUCCCGUUCCGCCAGCCAGCCAUCAUCUCAGCGUCGCCCUCGUCGUCGUGGUCGAUCGUCUAGCCGAGAAGGAUGGGAGAGUCGCCGUCACCAGCGCCGGCGGCUGUAGCCAAGGUGUACUACGACGGGUGCCCCGGGUGCGCCAUGGAGCGGAGGAAGGAGAGCACCAAGGGGACCCCGUACAAGGAGCUCUUCUUCGUCGGGAUCAUCACCUUUGCAUCAUCUUUGCCGAUCACGUCGUUGUUCCCGUUUCUCUACUUCAUGAUACAAGACUUGCACGUUGCUCAAAGAGAAGAAGAUAUUGGAUUCUAUGCUGGAUUUCUUGGUGCAUCGUAUAUGGUGGGUAGAGGUUUCGCAUCAAUCUUUUGGGGCAUGGUUGCAGAUCGCAUCGGGCGAAAGCCUGUAAUUGUAUUUUCACUUUUCACGGUCGUUGUGUUCAACACUUUAUUUGGAUUAAGUGUGAAGUACUGGAUGGCUAUUACUACAAGGUUGCUUCUUGGUGCACUAAACGGAUUUCUAGCACCAAUCAAGGCUUACUCCAUUGAAGUUUGCCGGGAUGACGAACAAGCUUUGGGCAUAUCAAUUGUUAAUACAGCAUGGGGAGUAGGCCUUAUAAUUGGCCCAGCAAUUGGGGGUUACCUUGCUCAGCCAGCCAAACAAUAUCCACACAUUUUCCAUGACAAGUCAACAUUUGGGAGGUUCCCCUAUCUUCUUCCAUGUCUUUGCAUAUCAAUUUUCGCAACCUUAGCCCUCAUAAGCUGCAUAUGGCUUCCGGAAACACUACACAAACACACCAAGAUUGAAAUGCGAGCUGAAACGGCCGAAACUGGUACAUCUCAGGAAAGUACAGAGUCACCUAAGAAGAGCUUAUGGAAAAAUUGGCCAUUGAUGUCAUCAAUUAUCACAUAUUGUGUCUUCUCCCUUCACGACACUGCGUAUAGUGAGAUAUUUUCUCUGUGGACUGUAAGUGGUAGAAAAUAUGGUGGACUUAGCUUUUCAUCUAAGGAUGUCGGACAAGUUCUUACAGUGGCAGGCGCCAGUCUUCUUGUAUACCAAAUCUUUGUUUAUCGUUGGCUCAAUAAUACGCUAGGACCUGUAAACUCAACCCGCAUCGCAUCUGCCCUGUCUAUACCAAUUAUUGCUGCUUAUCCCUUUAUGACACACUUGUCAGGAAUAAGACUUGGUCUGGCUCUCUAUAUUGCAGCAAUGAUUAAAAGCGUUCUUGCUAUAACUAGAGUUUCUGGCACUUCUCUCCUACAAAACAAUGCUGUGCCACAAGGGCAAAGAGGUGCUGCAAAUGGAAUAGCCACAACAUUAAUGUCCUUAUUCAAGUCUGUUGCUCCAGCUGGGGCAGGUAUCCUAUUCUCGUGGGCACAGAAGCGCCAGCACGCAGCGUUCUUUCCAGGUGAUCAGAUGGUGUUCCUUCUGCUGAACCUGACAGAGGUCCUUGGGCUCUUGUUGACAUUCAAGCCUUUCCUGGCAGUCCCCGAACACUACAAGUAAAACCUGACAGAGUACGACUGUGUUAGGUAGUGCUAGAGAGCGAUGCGUGUGGUUCUGUGGCACUGGCAUGCUAUAAGCGUGAAGACUGAAGAGUCUUGUUUUGUUGUACUACUUUUAGAUAGAUGUAGCAAGUGUUGUUGGCACUGUGACCUAAAGCAAGCAACCGGGCAAUCAAUUGCAGUCUUGGCAUGCUCCGUUGCUCUUGUAGUUGUUA